AUGCAUGCCCAGCUGCCCUGCAAACAGCCGGCAUCCACAGACCGCAGCUGGCCAUCAGAUGCUGGUGUCCCCCAGGCAGAGCCACCGGACUCCCGCGCUGAUCUCCGGCGCCAGACGUGGGUUUUCAAGUCCAAGGAGCUGAUGGUGAAGGCGAGCAGUGCUGUGCCCGAGGGGAGCCUGGUCUAUGUGAGGGAAGGGAGCAACGCCUUCCUCCGGACCCCCGCUGGCUGGAGCCGCCUCCUGCUGGAGGAUCCCAAGUCAUUCCUGGCUGGUGAUGACCCCUCUGCCUCCACCCCACAGUACCAGGAGGUGAAGAGGGUGCAGCCAAGAGGUCCCAACACACUGUCACCCAUACAGUCUCCAACAGACUCACUGAUCCAGAAGGAGGAGGAACAAGGGCUGUCCCAGACUCUGCCAACCACCACGGCCCCACGGAUCCCAUCUCUCCGCCUGGCUGCCCUCAACGUGCCCCUGUGGGGUGACAUGAGCGGGAUCCGGGGCGCUGACCUGCAGUGCUACCGGCAGUCCCAGGAGGCCGGGCUCUACGGAACCUUCCGGGCCUUCCUGUCAGCCCCCAGCCAGCAGCUGCUGUCCAUCGUCAAGAGGACAGACAGAACCCUCCCCAUCAUCAACCUGAAGGGGCAGCUGCUGGCCAAGUCCUGGAGCUCCCUCUUUGGGGGUGCUGCCCUGCGGGGUCCCAUCUACUCCUUCAACGGGCGCAACGUCCUGGCAGAUCCCCUCUGGCCCCACCGGCUAGCCUGGCACGGCUCCACGCCGCGGGGUGGCCAUGCCCGCCGGUGGGACUGCCAGGGCUGGCGCAGCUCCGGCACGGCCCAGGGCAUGGCCAGUGCCCUGGGGGAGGGCAGGCUGCUGGCUGGGCAGAGGCACAACUGCUCCACACCACUGGCCGUGCUCUGCAUCGAGGUGGCUUUUCCUUACCGGCACAUGUGGUGA